AAAUUGUGAGUCCAAUCAGUAAACGGGGCCGGACGUUAAAAAGAGUCUGGUCAGCCGUCGUACGGUGCAAUUUCUAUGGCAUAAGCUCUUGCACUUUGUAUUUCCGGUUUGCUGUUAAAUGCGCUGCAGCGGGCUGCCGAAUCAAACAGACCGAUCGACAGUUAAACGUUUUGUUAUCACCAAAUAAUCUUACGGUUUUCGGAAUUACACCCGAAGAAGAACAAGUUACGAAAACGAGAACUUUUGUCCAGCUAUCGAUUAAACCCCAUGUAAGGAGUUGCUAAUAAACUCUUCGUGUGAUAUUGACUCGAUUUUUAAAACACUUUUUACCGGUUUGUGCUUUUUGGAACCGGUGUUUUCUGCGCAAGCCGGUCACAAUGACCGUGCCGGGAGGUUUGUUUAUUGUUCUUACGUGCGGAAUACUUACUGUCUCAGGGCUUUCCGACCAAAUCCCCCCAAUAUGCGCAAAAAAAUCGUGUACAGAGGAAAAUGGCGUCUUCGCUUACGAAACGGGGAAGACAUAUCGCUACCUAUAUCAGACUAAUGUCAGCUCGGAUGGAGUCCGAUCCGGCGAAGAAGCAUUACAUGGAGUGGAUUUGAUUGCUGAUUUAAGCGUCAUGAGUCCAUGCAAUUACAAACUAACCACAACACUGCGCAGUGUCAAGGACAACGGAGUGAUACCAACCGAAUCCGUUGUCCAAAAUCUCAGAAAUGUUCUGGAAGCCAAUGAUCUGUACUUCGGCUUCUAUAACGGACAGAUUGGCGAAGUUUGUUCCGCGGACUCUGAAUAUGCCACAGCACUCAGCAUUAAAAAGGGUAUCUUAUCCACGCUGCAGAUAUCCGCAACACAAGAUGCCGGAUUCAGUAGCGGCACUUUUGUGGAGGUUGAUCUAGCCGGGGAAUGUCCCACGGUUUAUACCAUAUCAAACAGCAGCGACGGGCACUAUGUAAUACAAAAAACGCGCGAUACAUCGCUAUGUUCGCAAUCUUUACCCCGGACACAUCUAACGGCAUAUUUUGGUUCCGACUUGAAAACCCCUCCGCUGACUGUCUCGCGGCCCAACUGCGAACAUGUGGUCCGGAAUGGUAUUGUGCACUCCACGUUGUGUGUGGAAAGUCAUGCUCUGCGACCAUUCCGCGGAUAUGCCGCCUCUUUCAGCAUGCGUGUUACCCAAAAGCUGACCUUUCAGGGAACGGUCACUAAUCCUCAACCGAAGGAGCAAGGUGAAUUAGUGGAAGGCGAACUGCGAUUUUCACUUUUGGAUACCUCGGCACUUCCAAAGCAGGCUGUUCCGCAGUUGUUAGACAGCCUGUGCAAUUCCGUUAGUGACGACAUUCGACCCGACACACCAACGGCUUUCACCGAUGUGGUCCAAGCACUCCGCAUGGAGAAGAACUGUUCCAAUCUGAUGGAAAUCUAUCGGUCGGUGGUUUCCGGUUCGGUUUGCUCCCGCUUGGCGCCGAAUCAGCGGCAGCGUCUACUUUUUGAUGCCAUCCCGGCAGCCGGCACAUCGUGUGCUGUUGAACUGAUGGCGAAUAUUUUACGGGAGAAGGAUUACGAUGUUGACGAUAAGGACACGUGGUUUGCCUCGUUGUCGUACAUUAAACGACCAGAGAAAGAAAUGCUGGAUACGUUGCAGCCAUUGUUACGAGAUGCUAAACUCCCUCGUUCCGGAUAUCUUGGUAUUUCCGCCCUUCUCCAGAACUACUGCCGAUAUCACAGCGGAUGCGAUAGAAAACUGAUUGAAUCAGUGGAGAAUGACAUAUCUCGACGUAUUGAUAAAACCUGCAACACUGUGGCGGAAACUGAACAGGACGAGCAAGUGGCUCGCUUGUUGGCGUUGGGAAACCUGAACGUUAGCCGCAAUACACUGGACACCCUUACUCGAAUUGUGCGAUGUGGGAAAAAGCCUUCAUCAGUCCGUGUCGCGGCGCUGCAGGCCUUGCGCAACCGAAACUGUAAUCGAAAUUCCCAAAUAGAAACUGAACUAAGUCGCAUAUCAUCGGACGUAACCGAAGAUGUGGAAGUCAGGAUAGCGAGUGUACAGCGGUUAAUGGAGUGUCCAACUGAAUCCGUUAUCAAAGCCAUUACAGGACUGUAUGAAGACAGCACUGUUAAUAAGCAAAUCAAGAGCUACAUCUACUCUUAUAUUAGCGACAUCCAGUCGUCUACGGAGCCUUCUCAGCAAAAGUUCCGUCAGCUCUUAACAGGCACUGAGCUGAAUCCACCGGAAGCAUCAAACUGGCUACAGUCAUCUAAGCACUUUCAGAAAGCCUUCGUUAGUGCACACAUCAACGGCAGCAUUGAUGGCAGUAUUGUAUUUGCCGAUUCUUAUCUGCCACGAGCAGCUGAUCUGGGUGUCAACAUUGAACUUUUCGGGAGAAAAUUAGAUGUGUUUAGGAUCGGUGGCCGACAAGAAGGACUGGAAACCGGCAUCGCAUCGCUUUUGGCUGGGCGGGGACCGAACGAUAACAAAGUUGAUUUUUCUACAUAUGUCCGCCUAUUUGGCAACGACAUUGCUCUUCUAACCAGUCGCGAUGUGGAAGAAACGAUUGGUAAUUUGGCCACCUUCGACUUCAUCAUGGGUCUUACGAAGGAACAAUCAUUUGGGUUUGCUCGCCACAUGAUGCUGCUGGACGCUGCCUACACCAUCCCCACAGCUUCCGGUCUCCCCGUGAAUUUAAAGGUCACAGCCAGUGCCCACGCACAGCUGAAAGGGCGCGGUGCCUUAAACAUCGGCGGAGUGUUGAGUACUGAACCGGGAAUGAGUAUUCGCGGUGACAUUCAUCCCAGUGCCGCCGUGCAGGUAACAGCCGAGGUCACCAUCGCUACAACCGGCAUCCCAACCGGUUUUAAGACCGUUUCCACCCUCCACUCCUCCACCAGCUUGAGCGGUUCCGUAAGCUACCUUCGUGGGCAGUAUUUCCGAACCAACAUCGAUCUCCCAAAGAACAAAGUGGAAUUCAUCAACUUUGAGACGAAGUCGUAUGGAAUCCAGGGCGAUGACCAACGCCUGAUUGUGGAGUCGUCGGUGCCUUCGGUGCGCAGCAGUUUAUCCGAAUGCACCGCCCCACUGACCAGCCGCAUGUUAGGCAUGGAGCUAUGCAUGGAGCUGGAGUCUAAUGAUCCGAAGAAUACGUCGAUCCCGCGCAACGGUCUCAUGCCAGCCAAUUUCCGUGCAUUCCUUCGCAAAACCGAUAAAACCAUGAGAGGGUAUAAAUUCGUCAUGGAAUAUCCGCAACCUAGAGGCGGCGAAGGGCCGGUAUAUGGGUUUAAUGUUCUCUUCGACACUCCGGGCAGUAAGAUUAACCGACAAUUCCAGUUAGGAUACACGUUCCAUUCGUUAAGCGGCAUUCUCUCGGGAGCGGCAGUGUCACCGUGGAAGAAAUUCGUUUUAGAGGGACAGUACCGGCCGACACCUAUUGGGUUGAAUGUGACGGUGGUGGAAGACGACACCCGUCGGCAUACACUCGCUUUUGAACUGGCAACACGGAUGAUGGAUGAUUAUGCCAGUGUUAAUUACCAGUCACCAGCUGUUGUGCCGGUUAUGAAUUACAAACCGUCACUACGCCUGAAAUCACCUACCAUCGGAAGUGUGGAUGUUUCCGGUGACGUUAAUAUGAAAAUGGAUUACUCCGCGGUGGUUGUAGAUUUGAGCUUUACAUCCGGAGUAGUUCGAGCAAGAACGAGAGGGAAUUACGAAGGAGGUCAGGGGCAUAACGUUACAGCUACGGUUUCCUAUCAGUUCGGACCGGGCACGCCUUAUCAGGAAUUUGCGCUUGUCCAUCAGUUCAAACCGCUCCCGAUGAAGAGUGGGUUGUGGCGAGUGGCCGCGGUAACUAGCCUGGAGUCGACACAGUUUCCUGCUCUCAACACAAAAGUGGAAGUGGAUGUAUUGCGAUCGCCGAACGGAUGGAAGCAGCUGGAAACUGCAACCAUAAUUCGCCGGCGGAAUUUUAAUGAUGAUAACGGCAAAAUCACGGUGCUGGCAGCGUACCAUAUGACACAGAAUAGCUCGUCAAAUAAAUUGACAGUCAAUGCCGGCAUUAGCGGAGUGCUGAUCCCAGAAAACAGAAUACAGUAUGUUCAGCAGUGGGAUAGUGGAUUUGGAAAAUUCGACGGGGCACUCACUUUGCUGUGUUCGAAAACAACAAAUACCGGCAGACUGAUGUGGAGCAAUGACUGGCGAGUCAAUAAAAGGCUGCAGAUGGAAUUUUCGUUGGCAUCACCAGUGCAUUCGCUCACAAUUCAGGGCGGUUUAAGUGACGACAGCAUUCCCCUUUCUCGGCAGUACCCUUUCCACUUUUCAGCCAAAUCCACCAUCUUCCGACCAAUUGCUAUCACUGGCGCUGCCAGCAUGACCCCAACCGACGCCGGCAUACAGUUGGAUAUCCAGCGCGACACGCGUUCAUUGCUGACCUCAACGCACGUUGUGUCGUGGAAUCCGUAUAGCGUGACUUCGGAUUUCAAUUUGCUGAAUCACACCGGCCAACUCCGCGUGCAGCUCGUCGGCCUGUUGAACUGGGCUCUUGCGGCCAGUUACCAUCGGGGUGACGAAGCAUGGAAAACGGAAAUCAGCUUCCGGCCCACCGAAUCAAACAUCACUAACGCGAUGGGAAUUACGGCAACCGCAAUAGUUGAACGGUUAAGCGCUGGCGCUAACCGCAUUCGGUAUGGCGGAGAGGCCGGGUAUUUCCCGUAUCCCAGGGCGCCUUUGAAAUUUUUUGUGUUUAUGCGUGGAUAUGCCGGAGAAAAGUCCGGAGAAGUCUUCUAUCAACAUCUGACUCAAUUAACUCGAAAUUUCCAACACACUUCAGACUUAAAGGUCACAACCGAUUUUUUCUCUGAGAUUCCGAAAAAGACCAUAUUCUACGUGGAUGUGCAACAUGGCACACAUGCGACCGCUGCCACCCUUAUGGCAGAAUACACUAAUCUCCGACUGAAUCGCAUUGAACUGGUUAUGCAUCAUAACAUAACUGCUGCCAACACCCAUACGAACACUGUACGUUUGAUUAACACCCGCAACGAUCAGGCAACAACAUCGCUGUUUUCUAAAUGGACAGUGCGUUAUGCUGCGGACCUACCACGAAUACUACAAGUGACGACAGAAGGAUUUAUUAACGGGACUCUAAUCCGUAUCGGUCGAUCGGCCGAUACGAUCGCUGUGCAGUCGCAGUUUGACUUCGACGGUGUCACUCGCCAGAUCACCGGAAAACUCCGGUCCACCUGGAACACACGCAACCCCACCCAGCAAAUUGAUGUUCACUAUCAUGGAAAUUACUCCUACGGCGACGUGGAAUUAUCGUCGAAUUUAUCCAUUACGACACCGUUUGACCGCUUCCGGCAGGCGCAGCUGCAUGGCAUCGUACUGCGGGAUCGCGAUGGCACGCGCAGUAUGCUGGCCAAUGUGAUGGUCAAUGAUGUGUCCGUGAUUAGAGUGGAAGGAAAAGCUUACACUCCGUCCAACGAUGUGAUGGCACGGUAUCCCGAACUGAAGUCGGUGUUAAAGCUGAAGUCCGUGGCGACACAUGCGGCCAAUUUCACCAUCAAGUUUCCGUCCAGUGGUAUGGGCGAUAUCGAGUGGAUGGUGAAAAGGUCAGUCGAUAGGGUGGACAACGCACUGGAGUACAGUGUAGAUGUUGGGAAGGUUUUGGACAUUGAGAACCCCAUGGGAUGGACGUAUCGGAAGGCGCCAAAGAAUAUCGAUUUGGAAUUGCGAUUUUUGGAGAGAUCGUUGUAUGGAAGACUGUUCAGAGGUGGUCCUGAAAAGCAAGGUUUCGAAAUUCUUUGGGAUGCUAGUCGUGACCUUAGCAAGAAAUUUGGCAUUAUCCGUGAGACAUCGUGGCCGGAGCGUUUUCACGAGACUGUAUCAUUUGAACACCCGCUCUUCCCUUAUCCCCAUCGAAAAUCCAUCGGUCUCAAGACGAUUAAACAGCCUCAAAACUGGGAGCUGAUGUUCCUUGUUGAUGACCAAGUGAUCAUGAACGUGAUGCCAGUCUUGGAUUUAAAAAAUCGUUCUGUGACGGCUAAAGUAUUCCUGCCGCAAGAUCAGCCCGCUCCGUACACAGUGUUGGCCACAAUGCUGGACGAUAAUCAUGUUAACGUCAGCUUCGUGGAUCCUGAAACAAAGGCAUUACUGUUGUAUCGCAUGGCUCUGGAAAAUCAUCAAAUUUUAGUGCAAGAAGCUGGUUGGAACCGGACAUUCACCAACAGAGUUAAGGGUUUGGUGUCUCUUAAAGUAAUGGAAGUAUGGGAUACAUUGCGUUCUUUAUAUCAGUAUUCCAAAACGGAGUUGAAAGAUGUCGGAAAGACUUUUACCGAUAAUAAAGCGUACAUCCCGGUGCUAAACGCUCUGUCAUCGCUAGCUUCAUCUGCGGGAAAUAUGCUGGAACGACAACGCCGCAAUUAUGGAUUCCCACCAUCUCAGUGCUCCGGUAGCCAAGCGGACAGUGGCCAACAACCACCGCAACAAGGUUGUGGUGGGGGAUCCAGCGCCCCGUCGGCAUGCGGUAGCAGCUCGUCAGCAUCGCAGGGAUGCAGCAGUUCUAGCGCUUUUGCAGACUCUUUUGCUUCCUUUGCCAACCAAGUAAACAGCCAGUUCCAGCAGAUGAUGCAGGACAUGAUGAGUAAACUACAGCAGCAGAGCUCGCGGGGUCACCAGUCAUUCAGCAGCUCCGUUAACGUGGUCAGCGGCGGAUGUGGCGCUCCGGCCCAACCCCAGUGCGCACCGGCACCAGUAGCCUCGCCUUCGGUCCAACGUAUCCAGAUAACCAUUCCUUCAUCCGGCGCCUCACCAUCCCAGUCACAACAACAGUCGUAUCGCCAACAAUCGUUCUCUGGAUAUGCCGCAUCGGGCUCGGCUUCCUACUCCAGUGGCUACGGUUCACCUUCCCCUCCGUCAUACUCUCCUUCGUACGGAUCCCAACCGCAGCCGCAGGCUCAAGCGUCCCAGCAAGUCCCCAGUUAUGCUCAGCCUCCUCAAGGUGCCCAGAUGCACGCCUCCCAGAAGUCACAGUAUGGUUCAGGUUCGACUCACAAUCAAGGCGCUUCGUAUUCGCACACCAUCCCAAUGGGCGACACCCGUUUAACAAUUCAAAUCUAUCAACAACCAGCUGCUCCCAGCCCCUCCACAUACAGCGGAAGUGGCCAGUAUCAAGCUGCGGCGUCCAACAACCAGGAACAAUCUCUAUCGGGUCAGGCGCAGUAUGGCGGACGCGCCGAACCCCGCCUGCAGUACUGUACACCUGGAUCAUCUGAGAAGGGUGUCUGCUUCCAUGGAGGAGCCGAUUCAUUGGAACCAACUCGCUCCAAACGCUCUCUUCCGACUGCUGAUGCUACCAUCCAAGAUUAUGUGCUGUUCUGUGUCGGCACGGUUCAGGACUAUGCUGGUGAACUGUGGGGCGUUUUCUUGGCGCAACCAGAGGUGCAAUAUUUUGCAGACGUUUCCGAGCGCAUGUCACGAUAUAUCACCCCCAGAUUAGUCAGUGGAAUGCAGAAGGCUACACUGGAUGUCAAAAAGCAGCUGAUCACAUCAUUCAGGAACAGGGUCACUGCUCCUCUGGUGAACUGGGACCUUAAUGAAGAUUUCAGUGUUUUAGGAGUGACGCAAAAGCUGCCUGUUCCCAUUAAUUCUCUGAAAAAGCCUCUGCCGAAAGUACUGACCAAAUUAGGUGUUUUGCCAAGUUGGAUUCGAUAAGAGAAGUGAUAGUAUGAAAAAUGUUUCUGGUUUGCUUGUACAGCAUUUGCAUUGGCAUUGAAUUUCGAUGCUUUUAACUUGUUGACCGGUGAAAUUGCCCCCAUGUUCCGGUGAAUAUCUACCAAGAUAUUUCAGAUUGUGCAAUCUUGUAUCGUACUUCGAUAGCAUUACUGUAUUUGAAAUUGGAUAAGGUAUGUUUGCCCGUAUGUGCCAAAGGCAGUUCAUUUUCGUCUUUAAUUUUCGAGGAAUUAAAAAUUUGCAAAUAUCGGUUGUCGGUAUCUGAGAUGACCGUUAAUUAAGAACAUCCAAAA